CAUAACAUGGCAGAAUCUGACCUCACCUGUGCACUGCGCUUUCAGUUGGCUUUUAUUUCUCCAUCUCUUUUUGUUUUCCUCGGAGGCCUGUUUACCAUUCUGGCUCUCAGGUCAAUUCGAUGCAUUUAUAGAUUCAUCCUUAAGCAAAUCUGGAGAAAAAAGGUGAAGAACAAAGACGCCCGGUGGUCACACAAAAGGAAACAAAGAUCAGUCUACUACAUAAGAAUCUUCUCUACACAGAUGCAAAUGAUGCUAUCAGCCCAGACCUCCAUGGGACGUGUAUUGAUGAUACUGGUGUUUCUUCUGAACAUUGGCACGCUCAUCAUUUAUUUUAUUGAUCUUACUGAAGCAGAGCAAUUCCAAUUCUCCUUUCCAUACAGAGUCAUUUAUGUGGAUAAAUUCUUCAAUGCUUUCUUCGUCUUUUACUUUGGAUUACGGUUUGUAGCAGCUGAUGACAAACUGAGAUUCUGGCUUGAGCUGAAUUCUCUCGUGGAUUUCUUCACCAUCCCUCCAGUGUUUGUUUCUGCUCUCUUAAGGAAGAAUUGCUUAGGUCUGCGUUUUUUGAGAGCACUGAGGUUGUUGGACCUUCCCCGCAUACUGCAGAUCCUCAGGAUCACCAAGGAUGAUUACUCCAUCAAGCUCUCCAAGCUCUUUGCUGUGUUUAUCAGCACGUGGCUCACAGCUGCAGGAUUUGUUCACCUGGUAGAAAACAAUGGAGAUCCUUGGGUCCAGCCUGUAAAUUCCCAGCCCAUCACCUACUUCAGGUGCAUGUACCUCAUCAUGGUGACAAUGUCCACCGUUGGCUAUGGUGAUAUUGUGGUUCAAACAGCCUUGGGUCGAGCCUUCAUUUUUUUCUUCAUUAUUGGUGGCUUGGUCCUGUUUGCAAAUUUCAUUCCUGAAGUUUUGGAAAUUGUUCAAAGCCGUAAAAGUUACAAAUCCUCCUACGAAGUGAUGAGUGGGAAAAACUAUAUUGUUGUCUGUGGUAAUGUCACUCUGAAGAGCGUUACUACUUUCCUGCAAGACUUUUUGCUUCAGGACGAAGGGAAUGUUUGCACAGAAAUCCUUUUCUGGGAGAGUAAGUCUCUUCCCAGUCUUGAGCUGGAAGCUGUGUUCAAAUGCUAUUCACCCUACACUUCUUUCUUUUAUGGCUCCGCGCUGAACUCUGAAGAUCUGAAAAGAGUUCGGAUGGAGUCUGCAAAUGCUUGUCUCAUUCUAGCAGAUGUUUGCGCUCCAGAACCCUAUACUGAAGACAUUUCCAAUAUCAUGAGAGUGCUGUCAAUCAAGAAUCACUACCCCAAAACAAGAGUCAUUUUACAGAUCAUUCAGUCCCGUAACAAGUUAUACCUGCCAAACAUACCCAACUGGGACUGGAGGAUGGGAGACAGCAUCAUCUGCUUUGCUGAGCUGAAGUUGGGCUUCAUGGCACAGAGCUGCCUGGUUCCUGGUUUGUCCACUCUCCUGACCAGUUUGUUCAUCGGGAAAGAGAAUACAGAGGUAAAUCCUUUGACAUGUGCCAUCCUGAUCAAUCCAUCUCCACAGAUAAAGCUUUGCCAGAAUACAAUGGGCUUUUUUAUUGCUCAUUCUCUUGCAGAAGUCAAAAGGGCACAUUUCUAUUGCAGAGUUUGUCACGGUGACAUCCAGGAUCCAGAGCAGAUUGAGAAAUGUCAGUGUGGAAGCAAACUUCACUCAAAAACUUUCUCAGAGAAACUGAAAUCCUAUGGAGAAUCGCUUGUUUUGGAUGGAGAGCCUGCAGAGUCAAGGUCCCUAAGUGUCUUUCCACCUCAGAGAUUUGUUGAUGGAGCCCUGCAUGCUCAGGAGGAGGAGAGCCACAAAUUUUCCUUGUAUCUAACAGGAAGGUUCCACCAGUGUGAUGCUGUUCCUCUGCAAGAAGCUCUUCUGAGCUGCAAGAACCAAGCAGUGCUGUACCUGCAGGAUCACAUCUUGGUCUGCGUCUUUGGUGAUGCAAACUCACCACUGAUUGGGCUGCAGGACUUUGUGAUGCCCUUACGAGCGACAAAUUUCCUUUACCAUGAGCUGAAAGACAUUGUUCUCCUUGGGCCAUUGGAGUACCUGCAAAGAGAAUGGAAAUUUAUUCACCAUUUUCCAAAGCUGUGGUUAUUCUCGGGUAGUGCUCUCUCCUGUGCGGAUCUGAAGGCAGUUAAUGUCCAGGAUUGUGCUGCUUGUGUCAUUCUGUCUUCAAGCACUCCUAUCUCAAACAAUCCUUCCCUGGUUGACACGGAAAGCAUCCUAGCCACUCUCAACGUCCGAUCCAUGGAGGUUAAGCUCAGUUCAUCCUCAGUGGAUGCUGUUUUCAGAGCAAGAGCAUUGGGGAAUCAAUCAGAGCCACGUUAUAAAAGGAUCCCCAUCACUACAGAGCUGAAGUUUUCACCAAAUGCCCACUUCAUUAAUCAGUCUCCCAGCAGCAGUUCUGACAUCCCAGAGGAAGAUCUGCCUUCCCCUGCCGCUGCCCCUGCAGGAGCUAUUUUCUCAGAUAGCUUCUUGAAUUCUCUUUUGUCUAUGACCUACUACAACCAUCACAUCCUGGCUUUGCUGCAGGCUUUGGUGACAAGCAGGACAAGCCCAGCAUUGGAGCAGCUGGGAGAAGAGGACAGCAAACUGAGCAGAAGUCUGGACUACAUGGUCCAAAAUCCCUACCGAGUCAGGUGCAAGCUGGCACUCCUGCCACUGUCUGAGAGGUGGUUGUCAGAGAUCAUGGAGGAUUCCUUUGGAGACAUCUACUGCAAAGCUUUAGACGCAUUUGGAAUUCUCUGCUUUGGCCUCUACCGGCUGAUGGAGGAGCCCAAUCCAUACAAGAACAGGUUUGUGAUUGCUCGACCUGCCAGUGAUUUGAAGAUGUUGCCCACAGAUCUGCUCUUCUCCAUCGUCCCGUUCAACAUUGCAAUAACUGAAGACCUGUAAGAGGAAUUGGAGAGAGCUGGUUACAAAGCAAGAAAACAGAUACCACAGACACCUCUAUGCUGCAAUUGAGAGACUGCAAAGUGGCCUUCAGAUAAAGAGCUGUAGAAGCAAUUGAGGUCCCACAA